CACAGUUUGUAACCAGUGCUCUUCUAAUGUUAUUUUUUUUUAGUUAGAUUUUUCUCACAUAUUUACCAACUACAACCCCGUCACAUUAAAUCGAAAGCACCUAAGGCAUCGGAAGCUGCCACCUCGGAGACACCUGUCCACGCUUCUCAGAGUGCGUUCAACAUGUGGAAAUAAUUUACACCUAACAACACUCCAUCAAUCUUUCCCAUCUGGAUGAAACCUGGCAGAGAUGCAGGCUGGUUAUCAGGUAACCAGCAUCACACGUCUCCAGAUCCCUCCCACACCUGAGACUCUCGUCUUCCAGGCCAUCAUUAACCCUAAGAGGGGUAUGGAGGGCCCCCCGCAGACGCCACAACCCCCCAGGACCUGUGGCUCUCCAGGGGGUUCUGGGAGAUCCUGCUGGAGCCUGGAUGCGCGGAUAGCUGUUCUUCUGGUGACUCUUGCAGGAGCUUUAAUACUGCUGCUGCUCUACAAACUCUUACAGCUGAGACACAGGCUGAGUAUGGCACGGGCGAGGCACGCGCUGGAGUACUACAGCUUCUACCACAGCGCUACCUACACACUCAAACACGCAGCGUCAUGUCAGGAACUACCAGACAAAAACGGGACGGUCCCUGCAGGAAGACCACCACCUUUACAAACUGUAUCCCUGGUGACACCCGCUGUCAUCACCCCAUUACCGCCCCCAUCUCCUGCGCUGCCUUCGCCUCUGCUCCACACCCCACUUUCUCUUACUCCAACACCUUCAGUCCUGGCCUUCCCUCUCCACCUGCCUGGAACCCACACCACCCCACCGAGCCCUCACCUGUCCUGGGGCGCCUGCUCAGACGCAGAUAUAUACUCUCGGAUCGGAGCUUUCAGGCCCUCCAGGCUCUCCAGCCUCUCCAACCAUUCAAAAGUCAUCCUAUUCGAGCACUCUUCUCUCUGACCUAUCUAUGAUGCAAAACAAAACUGGAGAUAAAAACAUUUGAUAAGACUGCAGUGAUUACCUAAAGGGAGUUGUAAGAAAUGUUCUUCUAAUGGACUGAUAAUCACGAUGAUUAAGUGUUGGCUUAGAGUGAUCUAUACUAAAUACUAGACAGUAUACUGCGUAAUAAUUCUUAUUCAAAGUUCAGAUUUGAAUUCAGACUUUAAGGGCCAUCCAAAACCUUGCGUUUUUGUGAAACAUUCAAUUUGUUUAUGUACUAUCCAUUUACAGUACAAUUACCUUACUUUGUGCCAGACCUCUGAAAUGUCCAGUUCAGACUGGUGGAAGUUAAGAGAACUGAAGACUUUAUAUAAAUGUAUCACAGCCUUAUAUAUUAGUUGUGAGGCAGUCCUGACGUUUGCAUUGUUGGCUUAACUUUAUUUUCUGUCUUACUUGCUGAUAAUACAAUUCCUAAAUUA